GUUUACAAUUUCAUUAUAGGUUCAUUUGUUACGGUUAGCCUAGGAUAUUCUGUAAAACAAAUUGAAUUCCCAAAACAACAAUAAUGCAAUUGCAACUAUUGUUCGCCGUAUGGGUGAUCUGCACUGUGAGUAAAGUAUGCGGAGAUUUUGAUUCGCGCUCUUCUCAUCCCUGUAAACCCAAGUCGGACGGUCAUCGGAUUGGACAUUUGGACGAGUUGGGAUGCCAAAGGCCACCGUUAGGACACAUCACUGAAUAUUUUGAAGCUCCGACCCCGCGUGAACUUUGGGAGAACCACGUACUGCCAUAUAAGCCUGCUGUAAUACGAGGUGCUCUACACGGGUCUCCCGCGCUUUCACUUUGGGACGAUUCGUACCUGAUUGACACAUAUGGAGACCAAGAGGUUUUGAUCGAAAAAAAAUAUGAAGACAGAAAAAGCGAGCCGAAACGAAUGCCUAUCAGAGAUUUUAUUAACAAUUACCGAAAGGAAAAUUGGUACGUAGUGUCUUUACUUCCGAAUGCGAUGAGACGAGACGUCCGGGUUCCGAAACCACUAAUGUGCAGCACGUUCCGAAAGAAUUUGGCAGAGUUAAAUUUGUGGAUUGGAACACAUGGCACAAGAUCUAUGUUACAUCACGACGCAGAUAAUAUAAUGCACUGUGUCGUUUCUGGUUGGAAGGAUUGGAUUUUAAUUCACCCAGAUUACAAGUCAAAACUCGACAUGGUUGUCGGACGAGAAGCGCAGGCAUCGGGAUUUUCUCACUUAAACGUGGAUCGAAUUGACGAAGACUUGAACCCGGAGGUAUGGGACGUUCCUUGGCUAUACGCUACCAUAAGAGCGGGCGAUUGUUUGUAUUUACCCUACAGAUAUCUUCACCAAGUGCGUUCCUACGAGCGAUCAAUUUCCUCGACAUUUUUAUUUUAUCCCAAUGACGAUUUUUCGGAUUCCGAUUGCAAAGAUGUUGACUUGAAUGGCUACCUGAGUUUGAAUGAUACAUAUGUGUACUGGACUUAUGAGAACGGACAGGAAACGGUCGAUAUGGGAUACAUGAACCCGGUUUUGGUCAGGGACGAGAUUAUUGCAGCCGCAAAAGCAACUGGAAAGUCAAAAAUUAAUAUGAAAAUGUUCUUUUAUCUGAGUCUUAUUUUGUACGGCGAGAUGGGUAUUGAAGCUGGCCCGAGGACAACUGUAAUUUUCAAAGAACUAGAUCACGAUAAAGACAAAUAUAUUACGAUAUCGGACAUGAAAAACGCGGACAUAGAAAUUUGGAAACAAUGGUGCCGUGACUUGGAUAGUCCCCACGGACCGACCAAAACACAGGCGACUCAAAGUAAACAACUUUCUGCCGAGACUUCUGCGUUUGCAAAACGACUUAACGAUCGACAUGUCGAUUCCAGAUAUGCUUUGUAUUUUCUUCAAUUUUUAUUGAGAACCAAAGGUUCUAAUGGCCAAAUAACUUUUCCUGAAUUUAAAAAAUGGGUUGAAGUACAAGUUGGAACGCCGAGCGACGCAUUUUUACUUUUUGAUCAUGAUUUUAACGGCAUCGUCUCAACACAGGAACUUGACAACACAACCCAGAAGCGUCUCCGGGAUUUUAGUCGAAUGUAUUACUCAAUGGCUGGUACUAAUAUAAAUGGUGGCGGUCUAUUCAGUGAUGAGGUCGAAGCGAGAGACAUGAGUUUUCUAAAAGAUUUAAAUCAAAUUCCAAAAAGACUUCUUGCGGAUGAGAAUGAUAACUCUGCCUUCGAAAUCGAAAAAUUCAAAUUGCAAACAAUUCUGGAUCUUUUUAAAAAUAUGAAAAACAGCGUACAACAAGGAAAAACGAUGGAUUUGAAGCAACUGCUAAUUGAAGUAAAAAAUUCCGAUUUAUUGGAAGUUUUUGAAAUCGAAAAGUUCGAUGGAAAUAUUGCUUUUUCAUUUAUUGAUAGAAAUGACGACGGAGUGUUAUCAAUAGAAGAGCUCGAUUUCUACAUGUCGAAUGACGUAAUGAAUAUCGAAGAAGCCAAAGACGAAGAUCCUUUCCGUGCCAACGAUUUAAUUAUAAAAAUGCUGAGCAACAUGAAUAUGGCGAGCGAAUAUCUAGAAAAUUUAAAGAAAAGAUGGAAACAGAGAAUGAAGAACAAGGAUGCGUAUGAACCAGAAGAGAUUAAGACAAAUUUAAAACCCGAGAAAACAGAAUUGUAAACAAAAAUGUUUAUACUGCAGGGUGGUCGCUGAAAAAGCAGAAAUUUGAAGGUCAGAUGAGAUCACGAAUAAAAUGCGUAUAGGUUCAAUUGAAACUAUAUUCCACAAGUUGACAUUUGUAACGUUAGACGAGCUUGGACUUCUAGGUUAAGACACUGCUCUGAUGAAGUUCACGGGUGUUCAUUUUGAGUGUAAUAUGACAUAUGCCUUUGUAAAGGUUAUUUUUUGUAAAAAAGACUAACUGUUUGACAAAUUCCUUGUUUUUCUAGCGACCACCCUGUAUAUCUGUUUCAUCUAUUCACUGUUAACCAUUACUCAGAAAGUUUCUUCAACAUAUGCAUAUUAAUUACGUUUACUGGAAUCGAAUAAAAUUUACAAUGAGGCA